GAACCGAAAAAAAGAAAAGGGAGAGGGAAAAGAACUUGUCCUUCCCUGUUCUCUCUGUUUUUUUGCAUCCAAGGAGGACGACGACUGCUAAGAAACCCCCAGCGAUGUCUCCUAUAAAUUGAGCUGAUCGUUUUGCUUGCGCCAGAACUCUUGUUCAUAUUUUACCAAUUGAAAGCUGUAAUCUGCUUCCCCAUCGUCAUCUCCUUCUCCGUCGGCUCUUGUUUGCAAUCAGCUCGACCCCGCCUAUAAAACGAGAAUGGCAUCCUCAGUUUUAAAUCAAGUCAUUGGGACACUUCAUAGCUUUGGUUCCUCUGAGAAAUCUCGCGAUCACCGGGAGCUUGGCAAAGUUUCCGUGAGAUUGCCAUUUAAGGUGCAGAGGUUUCAGGUUAUAGGGUUAAAACAAGAUAAUCAGAGGUCUGCUUCUUCUAUCAGAGCAUCAGCUUCUCAGACUUCUGUCUUUGAUCCUGUUUCGACGCCCUCAAACUCAAAGAGCACUUCCUCUGAGUCACGAAAGAAGUCAAAUGAGGCGGCAUUGAUACUGAUUAGACAUGGUGAGUCUUUGUGGAAUGAGAAGAACCUAUUCACAGGCUGUGUGGAUGUGCCGCUUACAAAGAAAGGCAUUGAAGAGGCAAUUGAAGCUGGGAAGAGAAUAAGCAACAUACCAGUUGACAUGAUUUAUACUUCUGCACUGAUUCGUGCCCAGAUGACUGCAAUGCUCGCAAUGACUCAGCACCGCCGCAAAAAGGUGCCAAUCAUUUUGCAUGACGAGAAUGAAAGAGCGCGGGUAUGGAGUCAGAUAUUUAGCGAAGAUACCAAGAAGCAGUCUAUUCCUGUCAUAACAGCUUGGCAGUUGAAUGAGAGAAUGUAUGGUGAAUUGCAAGGUCUUAAUAAGCAGGAAACUGCGGACAGAUAUGGGAAGGAGCAGGUUCACGAGUGGCGCCGAAGCUAUGACAUCCCUCCACCAAAUGGGGAAAGCUUGGAGAUGUGUGCUGAGCGAGCUGUUGCAUAUUUCAGAGAUGAGAUUGAACCUCAACUUCUAUCAGGAAAGAAUGUGAUGGUUGCUGCUCAUGGGAAUUCCUUGAGGUCCAUCAUUAUGUACCUCGACAAAUUGACUUCCCAAGAGGUUAUAAGCUUAGAGCUAUCAACUGGAAUUCCGAUGCUCUACAUUAUUAAGGAAGGCAAAUUCAUCAGGAGGGGAAGCCCUGUCGGACCCAGCGAGGCUGGGGUUUAUGCUUAUACGAGGACUUUGGCUCAGUACAGGCAGAAGUUGGAUGAAGUGGUGCUUUGAUAGUUAUGCUUUUGGAUCUUCUACUGAGGGUGUAGUAGUAAUUCGAUGACAAGAAAAGGCAGAUGUUGCCUUGUUGGGAUACAGAACGAAGCAUGUUCUUGAAUUAUAGAGUAGAAGGCCUGCUGCUGUUUUCGUGUUGUCUCUUUUCAAAUGCAUUGAUGAAGGCUGAUCUUUUUUGAGCCCGUCUACCGCAACCAUAGCUGUUGUUUAGAUUGUUGCAAAGCUGUAUUUCGUGAUCAAUGGACUGCGAGUAACUUCUCUGUCGUUCAGGGAUUAAUUGUUAGAUCUUCUCUCUCUUGUUCCAUCGAAUCUGUUUGGUGAUCAAAACUAUGUUCAUUGCA